AUGCAUUUCACCGCCUACAUCGUGGCUGCAAUUGCAACCGCCAGCACAGCUCUGGCCCAUAUGGAAAUGGUUCAUCCCUACCCUCUGAGGAGCCAGUUUGAUCCCAAGAACGACUGGUCCAACAUUGACUACGACAACACCUCCCCACUGGAGCCAAAUGGUAAGAGCCAUCAAUCACCCCGUUUGAUCCCUUAUCCCCUCCGAGGUAGCCGAGCUGGGCCUAACAAUGGCUUCCAAUACACAGGAUCCAACUUCCCCUGCAGAGGACACCAUAAGAAUACCGCCUGGCGCACGGUUGCCAAUUACACCGCCGGCCAAAGCGACUCCAUGAAGCUUGCGCCAGGAAACAACCACCACGGCGGCUCAUGCCAGAUCUCGCUCAGCUAUGAUAACGGCGAGACCUUCCGUGUGAUCGAGUCGUACAUGGGAGGAUGCCCGCUCAAGCUUGAAUGGGACUUUGAGAUCCCCUCUUUCGCACCCAGUGGCCAGGCGCUGUUCGCUUGGAGCUGGUUUAACAUCGAGGGAAACCGCGAGAUGUACAUGAACUGCGCCCAAGUUGAGAUCGAGGGCGGCUCUGGUUCCGCCACGGAGUUUGAUCAGUUGCCCGAGAUCUUCACGGCCAAUAUCGGAAAUGGAUGCAGUACUGUCGAGGGCAAGGAGACUGUCUUUGCCCACCCCGGUGACAGUGUUGGAUAUGCUGGAAAGGUGUCGCCAGGUGAUGCUCCUUUCCCCAAGUGUGGUGGAAAUGCGUAG